AUGAGCCUCACACAUGCCGACUCCCCUACCAUGAAAACAAGCGUCCCAUCACCGUCUCCAGCUGCUCGACCUAGACUCCCGCCCAGGACUUCUCGCUCAGCUCAUCCAGCUGCCAUUGGAGAUAUAAAGCUGCUAGUGGAGACUGAUGGCAGAGCUACACCUCGAGGUGCUCCGUCUACAUCUCAACCUAUAACUGCUCGAACAUUGACCCAAGUAAAUUCUCCACUCUGUCAUAUGCCGGCUGAAACUUCUACUCAAGGCUACCCGUCAGUAUCAUCUGAGUCGUGGAUAGCUGAUGAGCCACAGCCACAUAAUGGCUUUCCAGAGAUUUAUAGUGAACCUACAAACUGGGAUGAUCCAGUGACGGAGCAUGAUUGGGAGCUAAGGACUGAAACCGCUAACGGUGUAGAAGAUGAGAAUUCACCCUUGGCAGCCCUUGAGAGGCAUUACCUACGCCAAAUAACGCAUUAUAAGAAUCUCCUUGUACGCUCGCAAUCAGCCUCCUCGUCCUCCCUGCAUGAUCUACACUCUCAGCUCCAUGUGUUAAAGUCGCGAUAUCAUGGCCUAGAGAUCGAGCAUGCACAAUGUGCAGAGAAAGAAAUGACGUCAAGACAAGAGGUCGCUUCGGAGAAAAGAAUCGUGAACGAAAUGAAGAACGGCUUACACGGGACUAUUAGAGACAUGGGUAGAGAUGAAAGGGUACAGCUAUUAGGUCUCGUAGUAGAAUCAUGCCACCCUUCUGAUAUAAGUGCUCAAAUUGCUCUUCUCGAGAAAUACCGAAGAUCAAGGUUUGAUAUCUUGUCCCGACUGGAUGAGGGUAUCCUGGUUGAUGUACUCGGCUUGUUAGAGGUGGAAGAUAUACUCCAACUACGAAAAGUUUCGCAAGGGUAUCUUGACUUGACUAAGGUUGAGCCCCUCUGGAAGCAUUUCUGUGAACAGCUUGAAUGGAGGGAAUGGGACGGCAAAGUUGGCUUGGCUAGUCUUCAAGUGCCUCCCCCGUAUGGAUGGGAGGUGUUGUAUAGAAACUUGUGGCGGAGAGAAAGAAACUGGAAUGCUGGACUCGCCCAGAAAGUGAUUUUGCUAAAAGGACAUACCAACUAUGUCACGUCUCUUAGCCUGCGCGGAGAUACUUUGAUUAGCGGUUCGUACGAUGAAACGAUAAGAGUAUGGUACUUACCCUCUCUGACGACCAUACAUCCAUCAUCCAUCCCCGAUCCACUUGUCAUCCCGGCCAAGUCGGUUUCAUGCCUCGACUAUUAUCCUCCUGCAGGUGUAUUUGUUGCUGGCUACCACGAUGUCGGUAGGGUACAGGUGUGGAAAAGGAAAGGGAAUAACUGGGAUAUGAUGCAUACCUUGUCUGGACACCUGCAUGGUAUCAGGGCGGUAGCGCUCAAUGAGAAUCAUCUUGUAUCUGCUGGAGCGGAUAAAGCACUAGUAGUAUGGUCAUGGCGAACAGGCGAGAAAAUUGUUCGGUUCGGUCAACAGACCAAUAUAUGUGUAGGGAUACAACUCGUCCAUGAUCAAAUUGUGGCUAUUACGGUUGAUGGAGUGAUCAGAGCUUUCAGUAUCAAGAAAAGAGAAAUGAUAGCUCAAUUCAAGAUUUCCGAUUUAGGCAGAACUCUUGGCAAGAGUGAAAAAGAAAUGGAAUGGAAAAGCAGACUGAAAGCUGUUGGGAGUGGACAAGGUGGAUCGGGCAUGAUCAACUGGUUCGAAGGACAAGGCAGGUGGAUGACGUGCGCAAACAGAGACAUGAUCAUCCGUUUAUCAUGGGAAGAGAUUGAAGAAUUCGUGUCAUCUGUAGCCUAUGCUUCAGCGGGACAGGAUGCACCAUCAACCCCAUCUCCGGCUGAUACAAAAACAAAGACUGUAUUGUCGGCUUCUCGAGCCCGUUCUGGAAGUCCUGUAUCGAUUACCACUCCUACUCGUGCACGACAGCGAACAGCGUCAAGCGUAAUGCCUACACUGUCCAGCAAAAAACCUACGCCAAGCAUGAACCCCGAGGCGAUGUCUCAAAGCAUGUCUUCUCCUCUUCAAUAUCGCUCAACGCAGACCACUAGUCAGUCCAUCACAAGUAUAUCAUCCGCUAAGGGUAUGGUCCGAUCGGGUUCCGAGUCCGCGACUCCUACCUCCUUACGAAACAAGGGUAGACCGAGUCCGGGUUCCUCCUCUGGUCCCAUCAAACAGGCUUCGAGUCCUGCUUACCCCCUUAUCUCACCAAACAGACAGCUCCCGAAUCCUAUACUACCGUGUAAGGACACCACACUGAAGGGACUGCAGAAAAGAAUUGUACCCCUCCUCACAACAGCACCGAGGAUACUAGAGAUAAUUAAUGCUUCCGAUAUAGAGAAAGGUGUUGUAGAUGCAAGGAGAAGUAGGAUAGUCACUUCGACUAGAUUUGCAGCCAGGUCAGGUGCCGAUAGACACCUCUAUAUUGGAGUGCCGGCUCGGUCCCGAGAUGAAAUGAGGCUCACAGAGAUGAAGUCCGUCGGUGGAGCCUGGAAAGAUCAGUCAAAAGGACUGAACCUACAAACCCCCGGUAAAAACCUUAUGAGUCUAGUAUUAGACCAAGAGAAAUUUGUGUAUGGCUGCACGGAUGGAAGUAUUGUGUUGGUCGGAUUCCUGGGAGAUGCUUACGGAACAGAUCACAAAAAGAGUUAA